UUCCGCGUUGUCUCCCAUUUCCACUUUUGCCCUCAACUUAUUCAACAAAGCGCGUCUCCCAAGGGGCAUAACGGUCAUUCCACACUUCUCUGCCCCUCUUCUUUUCCUUCAGUGCAAGUGAUGAAAUUGAAGCAAACUAACUUGCGCUGAAAAAUGUCCGAAAACGGAGAAGAGAAAUUACUCGCUGUGGCGCGGCACAUAGCCAAAACGCUGGGCCACAACAACACCAUGUCUGAUGACAUAUUCCAAAUACUAUCGAACUUCGAUGGAAGAUUCUCGAGAGAGAAUCUUUCUGAGAAGGGCGCAGAUGUGGAUCCCAGAGGCUGCGCCGCACUGGAUCAUUCCCUCAAAUCCCUAGACCGCCGGAUCUCUCCCUACGUCUCCUCCGACCGCACAAUCUGGGCCGACGCCGCCGAUUCUGCUGCCUUCCUCGACGCCGUGGACGAGCUCGUCGCCGUCGUCGCCGAGUGGAACCACCUCGCCUCCGACAAGUCCGUCGCCGCCUGCCUCGUCCGCGCCGAGGACAUGCUCCAGCACGCCAUGUUCCGCCUCGAGGACGAGUUCCGCUCGCUCAUGGAGCGCGGCGGCGAGGCCUUCGACCUCACUCGGAGCCACCGGAAAGGCGACUCAGCGGGGAAUUUGCCGUUCGAGUCAGACGAAGACGUCGACGAAGAAGAAGAAGAAGCGCGGAACGUUGGAAUAGGAGGAGGAGACGAGGAGGAGCAGAUUCCGGUGGCGCUGCCGGUCACGGACUUCGACAUCGUCAUCGACGCACUGCCGUCGGGGACGAUCAACGACCUGCACGAGAUCACGAAGCGAAUGGUGGCAGGAGGCUUCGGGAAGGAGUGCUCGCAUGUGUACAGCAGUUGCCGGAGGGAGUUCUUGGAAGAAAGCGUGUCGAGAUUAGGGUUACAGAAGCUCAGCAUCGAGGAGGUUCACAAGAUGACGUGGCAGGACCUCGAAGACGAGAUUGAGAAAUGGAUUAAAGCCUCCAACGUCGCUCUCAAGAUCCUCUUCCCCAGCGAGCGCCGUCUCUGCGACCGCGUCUUCUUCGGAUUCGCCUCCGCCGCGGACUUCUCUUUCAUGGAGGUCUGCCGCGGAUCGGCGAUUCAGCUGCUGAAUUUCGCCGACGCCGUCGCGAUCGGGAGCCGGUCGCCGGAAAGGCUGUUCCGAAUCCUCGACGUGUUCGAGACGCUGCGUGACCUAUUUCCGGAGUUCGAGGCUCUGUUUUCUGAUCAGUUUAGUGUGUCGCUCAGGAAUGAAGCGAUUACGAUUUGGAAGAGGUUGGGGGAAGCGAUUAGGGGAAUUUUUAUGGAGCUGGAGAAUUUGAUUCGCCGGGAUCCGGCAAAGAUUGCAGUUCCUGGUGGCGGACUUCAUCCGAUCACUCGCUAUGUGAUGAACUACCUCCGUGCCGCAUGUCGGUCACGGCAGAGCUUGGAGCAGGUUUUUGAAGACUAUGGCUUGAAAGAGUACCCAAAGCUUGAUGAUAGGGUUCCUUCCUCUUCUUCUCUGUCAGUGCAAAUGGAUUGGAUUAUGGAACUGUUGGAGAGCAAUUUGGAAGCAAAGUCCAAAAUUUACAAGGACCCUGCUUUGUGUUAUAUUUUCUUGAUGAACAAUGGGAGGUACAUUGUUCAGAAGACCAAAGAUAGUGAAUUGGGAACCCUCUUGGGAGAAGAUUGGAUCAGAAAACACGCUGCAAAAGUUAGGCAAUUCCAUGUGCACUAUCAAAGAAGCUCGUGGAAUAAGCUAUUAGGGAUUCUGAAGUUGGAUAGUAAUGGGUCAAUGCCCCAUAUUAACUUGGCAAAGUCAAUGAAGGAGAAACUCAAGUCGUUUAACACAGUUUUUGAGGAGAUAUGCAAGGAACAGUCUUCAUGGUUUGUCUUUGAUGAGCAGCUUAGGGAAGAAAUAAGAAUUUCGCUUGAGAAAAUCUUGCUUCCUGCGUAUGGAAACUUUGUUGCAAGGUUUCAGAGUGUUCCUGAGCUUGGAAAGCAUGCUGAUAAGUAUAUUGAGUAUGGAACGGAGGAAAUUCAAGCAAGACUCAAUGGUUUGUUUCAGGGAAGCAGUGGAUCAACUGGUAGCCGAAAGUGAAGGUGAAGCUGCUACUAGUUCUUCUUGUGUAUUUGUAGUGUAAUUAAAAUUAAAAUACAAUGUUUUGAUUAUCACAAAAUUGUAGUCUUGUAGUCGUGUACUAUAAAUACUACUGUAUGUUAUUCUUCUUAGCAUCAUAGUGGAGGAUUGAAAAAGGAUUUUCAAGUAAGAGCUACGAGUUACAAAAUUAACCUUUGUGUUGUAACAUUUGAGGUGGUUCUUAUAUUGGUCAUUGGUUUCAUCAACUCUUUUCUUGUGCAGGGCUUAGAAUAGUAUAGUAUCAGUAUGUAUUUUACUGAAUCAAGCAAUUUUGUAUGUUAUAUCAUUUAUGUACGUUUUUUGGGUUUCCUUGAGUA